AUGAUUAACACAAGACAAAAAAAGAAAUACAUCUGCUGCGAUCAUUGCUCCCUCAGAUUCCAAAAUAUCAACGAGAUUAAAUCUCAUUUCAAAGAUCUCAAUAUUACAAGAAAACAUCUAUGUGAUUUUGCUGGAUGUGAAAGAAGUGUUUUGGGUUUCACUGAGGUCUCCAGUCUCACUCGUCAUAUCAAGACAAUUCAUCAAGAUGAAUAUAUAAACAGAGCCUGUUUUUUGGGUGCAACUCCUGAAGAACUUAAAAAAAUCAAAAAUUCUAUACUACACAAAUUUCAUUGCAAGAUUUGUGAUAGUCGAUUCACAAGACAAGAUUGUCUCGAUAGACAUCACAAAAAAAACCAUAUGAAUCCCUUUUCAACUUAUAACAAAAGAUUAAAAAAAUUCAGUGACCCUAAUGUUUAUAAAAAAAAACAAGAAAAGAAUGAAAUUAAAAUUCUUUUAUAUAACCCACAAAAGUAUCUUAAAUCUGAUCCAAACUAUGUUCAUGGUAAAAAAAUCAAUAAAAACACUUCUGAUCACAACAAUAGCAUUGAUAAAAACUGUAAACUAUCCAGAAACAUCUUAAACGAUCAAAUCAUUCAAAAUAACCAAGCAAGCAACUUUCAAUUUUUAAGCAGUACAAAUGUCAGAUAUUACGAUCCUACUAAUCCAAACUUUAUUGAAAAUGAAAGAACCUACAACGAUCUAUCGUUUCAACAUUCUCCAUCUGUUGGAUAUACUGAUGUCUCUGCUGAAUCAAUUACAGAUAGAAUCAAAGAAAUUGUUAGAAACGACUACGAGGAUUUGGCUGGAGAAGACUAUAAUGAAGAUGAAUCUCUUUUUGCAGACGAUGUCCCAGCCUCAUGCAGUUCCUAUUCUAAUAGCCCAAAUGUUGUUCAAAUUCCUUCAAGCAACAAGCACUAUACUGUAAUGGAGAUAAUCAAUGGGAAAAAUUACGUGAAAAAUCUUGAAAACUAUGAUCAUGAUGAUAACUAUUACCAUUACAAUUCCAAUGGCCAAUACGCCACUAUCAACCACAAUCUGACUUGCCAAUAUAACUUGAAUCCAAUUGAUAAAUAUCUCUUGAUUGAUCCCUAUAACCAGAAUAAUCCAUUCAAUCGCCAGGUUCCAUAUAACCAAACUAAUGAAACCCAACAAAAAUAUUACCAAUCAGGUUCUUACUUUCCCAGUACAGUUAACCAGUACCAAAGUAAUUGCCAGCAACAACAACCCCAUCAAUUCUAUCAAUCUUAUCAAUCUUAUCAAUAUCACAAUCAGAAUUAUAAUCGAAAUCCCCACCAAAACCAAUUUCAAAAUACCUUCAACCAUAAUGAAACUGGUACUUCAUAUCUUGUGAACAACCACCAAAAUAGGUUUAUUAAUCAUGUUCAGAAUCAACGCUAUCAAAACACUCAGUAUCAAAGCACUCAACAUCAAAACUGCUCUUAUGGCAAAUACUAUUCUUCUCCAAUAAACCAGCAGCCAGUUUUCAAUGUCCCAGUGGCUACAAAAGUUCUAACAGCUCCAACAGCUUCUGUUUCUAUAGUGACUUCUUCUUCUUUUGAUGAUUCUGGUGGCGUUGUCGUUCAAAGUACUGCUAAUGAUAACUCGAAUGGUGUUAGCAGAACUCCAAACACUAAUAAUGAUCUAUUAUCAAAGGAAGACCAAUUGAAAUUAUCUUUCAUUCUUAAUUAA